GAAUGCUAUUGAAUGGUGGGAGGUGUCACUUGAUGUCUUGCUGAUGUCUUGUGUCAAAAUAACAGUUUAAUAUGCGAUUUUAAAUCGUACACUUUAUCAUUUGGUCUUUUGGCGAGAUCAUAUUCGUGUGCGGUUUUCACAGCUUUCGAUGGUUAAAUGAUUAGUAGCAUUAACUUAGCUUCAAAUAAAAAUUUCAUUCCAUUGUAUACGUGCUGAUACAAUCAUACACUGUUUAAACACUUUAGAGCAUAUAAAAAUUACUAUUCUGUGUUUUUUGUGAUUUUGAAGUUGAGAAAAUGUCAUCAUCGUCCGAUGACGAGAGAGGACAAGCUGAAAACACGUCGGAGCCAAAUGGAGGAGAUGGAGUUUUUAUGAGGUCUGCGUCCGACAGGUAUCCACGAACACCAAAAUGUGCUCGAUGUAGGAACCAUGGUGUCGUGUCAGCUCUGAAAGGACACAAACGAUAUUGUCGCUGGAGGGAUUGCAUGUGUGCUAAAUGUACCCUCAUUGCAGAGAGACAAAGAGUCAUGGCGGCCCAGGUGGCUUUGAGGCGUCAACAAGCGCAGGAAGAGAAUGAGGCUAGGGACAUGGGCGUGUUGUAUGGACCAUCAGGCCUUCUACAAAUUAACCCUGAAUGUGCAACUCUAUUUCCUGAUGCUACCAAAGUACUAGACUCUACAAAAGCAAGACAUGAUGUAGAUGUAACAGCAGAGAGACCUGCAGAUGACAUGCCAGCUGCCAAGCGACAAAAACUUGAGAGCAGGAAAGAGGAGAGUGGUCGACUGUCGGCGUCUUCAGAUGACUCUAGAUCUGUUUCACCUUCGUAUUCUGACGACAAACGCUGUCAUGAUAACACACGUGCAUCUCCUAUUCAGCAUUCGCCAUCCGCAUAUGAUGACAUUGCAACAUUCUAUGAACGGAAUGGCAGACUUUCUGAAAAUUGGGUUUUAAAUUUAGCUCAAAAUUCUUCAAAGAAACAACAGCAUCCUAUAGACAUGCUCUGUAGAAUAUUUCCACACAAGAAAAGAAACGUUUUAGAACUUAUUUUACAAGGUUGUGGAGGUGACACGGUGCAAGCUAUAGAACAAGUUUUAACCACACAAAGAGAAGAAGAAAAAAACACCCCUGGUUUGUUAUACCCUUCCAAUCCGGCAUAUCCAUCGUUAUCCACUCCAUUGCAGAAUUCAGUAUUCAAGUCAGCAUUUUCUCCGAUUUCAUCUCUCAGUGCUGCAAACACUCUGAACACUAUGCGGUAUGCGUGGGGUGGAGCAGCUGGACGUGGUCUCGCCAUGACUAUGCCUUAUUCUCACCUGAUCCCAGGGCUAUCAAUGGCACCAACGUUCGGGUAUGGCACAAUGGGUCCUGCUGGAGAUAAAUUGUCUCCUUACAGUAUGUACCCGUUCUGGACCACGAAACCCUUCUCAAGCAAAGAGGUUGAAAAGACUUCUGGCUGUGUAAGUGACUAAAUCACUGAUGUUUGUUUGUCCUUUAAUAAACUGAAUGCAGAGCAGUGUUCAUAUGUAAAUAGAUACUGACGGAAACGGAAUAUAUGAGUCAAUGUUUAAAAAAAAGACAAAAAGACACAGAAUGUUUUGGUUGUUGCUAGUUUUAAUUGUUUUUUUUAUUUUUGGCUAUCAAUAAAUUGUAAAAUAUUUGUUUAUGAAUGUUCAUUUAACUAAAAACAAAUGUUUAUAGAAACAUACAGAUUUUGAAACGAAUAAUUCUGAUAGUUAACAUAAAAUUUCCUUCAGUUUUUGUUCCAUAUAGUGUACAUGUAAAAGUGUUUGCGGAUGCAUGUGGCUGAAAAUUAUAACUCAACGUCAAUAUUUAUGCCUGACAUAAUUUGAAUGUCUGUUGUUUCUGGUGUAUGUAUAUAUGUUGGUACAAACUGUGUGUAUAUGUCUAUUUAAUUAUUUAAUUAUUGUUGCAUUGUUUUACUUAGUAUUCCUGAAUGUAACACAGCAUUUAGCACUCUCACAAAUAAAAAGCAAUUGUCUGAA